GCGCCGGGGCAGCCGCCAUCAGGCACCUCCUCUAACGGCCGCCGAGUCUUGGCGCCAAAAUUCAAUCUUUAGGGGCGGCUGAGAGCGGCGCCGGCCGUGAAGCACUGGGGGUCAGGGACAGGGCAGCCAGCGCCAGGGUUAUAAUCCAGACACCUUUCUUCAUGCUCUGUGGGGAAUACUUCUAGUCCCUGAGGAACACAAAGAAGAUGUACAUCAAAUCAAUUGUUCUUGAAGGAUUUAAGUCCUAUGCUCAGAGGACGGAAAUUCGUGACUUUGACCCAUUAUUCAAUGCCAUUACAGGCUUGAACGGUAGUGGCAAAUCCAAUAUCUUGGACUCAGUCUGUUUCCUGUUGGGAAUCAAUAACCUGACACAGGUGCGAGCUGCCAACUUGCAAGACUUAGUUUAUAAAAAUGGGCAAGCUGGAAUUAGUAAAGCAACUGUGUCUAUUACCUUUGAUAAUUCUGACAAGAAAGUAAGUCCACUGGGAUUUGAAGCUAGUGAUGAGAUCAUCAUCACUAGGCAGGUUGUCAUUGGAGGUAGGAAUAAGUAUAUUAUCAAUGGUGUGAAUGCUUCCAACAGUCGUGUGCACGAUCUCUUCUGUUCCGUUGGACUCAAUGUCAAUAACCCUCACUUCCUCAUUAUGCAGGGACGAAUUACCAAAGUUCUAAAUAUGAAGCCAGCAGAGCUUUUAGCUAUGAUUGAAGAAGCAGCUGGUACUAGGAUGUAUGAAUGCAAGAAAACAGCUGUCCAAAAAACCAUAGAGAAGAAGGAAAGCAAACUGAAAGCGAUUCAAAUGGUCUUAAGCGAGGAGAUCACUCCAACUUUACAGAAACUGAAAGAGGAACGAUCAUCCUAUCUAGAAUACCAAAAAGUCGUACGAGCAAUAGAACAUUUAAGCCGUCUCUGUAUAGCUUAUGAGUUUGUUCUGGCUGAAAAGACAUGGGUAUCCUCCUCUGAAGUAUUAGGAGAAAUGCAGGCUAAUGUAGUGAAGCUUCAGGAAUCAAUGGCUGAAAGUGAAAAGAAGUUCAAACAACUUGAUGAAGAAAUAGCAGAGAUGGAAAAGAAAAGGAAGGAGGAAGUUGGUGGUACGCUCCGUUCACUGGAAGAUGCACUUUCAGAAAUUCAAAGAGUUCAUACUAGAGCACAAAGUGCCUUUGAUCUCAAGACGCAAAACUUAAAAAGUGAAGAGAAAAAGUAUGAAGACCUGGUAAAAAGUAUGCAGGAGGAUUCUAAAGCAUUAGUGUCAAAGGAGAAAGAAGUAAAGAAGAUAGAGUCAGAGCUUAAUGCUUUACAGGAAGCAAGUGAAAAAGAUGCAGAUGCUUUAGCUGCAGCACAACAGCAUUUUAAUGCUGUGUCAGCUGGCUUGUCCAGCAAUGACGAUGGGGAAGCAGCUACUCUUGCUGGGCAGAUGAUGGCCUGCAAAAAUGAAAUCAGCAAAGCAGUCACAGAGGCUAAACAGACUCAAAUGAAGUUGAACUAUGCACAACAAGAAUUAAAGACAAAACAAGCUGAAGUUAAAAAGAUGGAUGGAGGCUACAAGAAAGACCAAGGAGCACUUGAAGCUGUCAGAAAAAUGAAAGAAAAACUAGAGAGCCAAAUGAAGGAGCUGAAUUAUGAAGAAAAGAAAGAAGCAGCCCUUUCAGCAAAAAAGAAGGAGCUGACUAGUGACAUCAGCCGACUGAAAGAAUUGUACGAACGCUUAAUGGCAAAGUUUCCUCAUCUACGGUUUGAAUACAAGCAUCCAGAAAAAAAUUGGAAUCCAAACCAUGUGAAAGGCCUUGUUGUGUCUCUUAUCACUGUGAAAGAUCUAUCCAAAGCAAAAGCCUUAGAAGCGGCAGCUGGAGGGAAACUCUAUAACAUUGUUGUGGACACAGAGGUUACUGGCAAAAAGCUUUUAGAAAUGGGUGAACUAAAGCGUCGAUACACCAUCAUUCCACUGAACAAAAUUUCAGCCAGGUGUCUUGGACAAGACACGGUCAAGUUGGCCCAAACCUUGGCUGGUUAUGGUAACUUGCAUUUAGCCCUGUCCCUAGUUGAAUAUGAACCUGAACUGCAGAAAGCAAUGGAUUACAUCUUUGGAACAACAUUGGUCUGUAAUAACAUGGAUAAGGCCAAGAAAGUGACCUUUGACAAAAGGAUAAUGACAAGAAGUGUUACACUUGAUGGAGAUACGUUUGACCCCCAGGGCACUCUGCAAGGAGGUGCGUCCUCACAGGCUGCACCAAUAUUGUCUAAACUUCAAGAAAUGAAAGUUGUUGAAGUAAAACUCAAGACAAAGGAGUCUGAACUUGAGAGUGUAGAGAAGGAGCUGGCAAGUUUGAAGAAUGUUGCUGAAAAGUAUCGGCAACUGAAGCAGCAGUGGGAGAUGAAAUCUGAGGAAGCAGAGCUGUUGCAAACAAAGCUUCAUCAAAGUGCUUAUCAUAAACAAGAGGAAGAGCUGCUUGCCCUGAAGAAAACCAUUGCCGAGUGUGAAGAGACAUUAAAGAAAACUGAAGAGAGCCAAAAGAAAGCAGAAGAUAAAUACAAGUUAUUAGAGAGUAAAAUGAAAAAUGCAGAAGCAGAACGUGAAAAAGAGCUAAAAAAUGCCCAGCAGAAAUUAGAUGAUGCCAAGAAAAAGGCAGAGGCUUCAAGCAAAAAGAAGAAAGAAAAGCAGCAGGAAGUAGAAGCUUUAGUUCUGGAAGUUGAAGAGCUAAAACGAGAACAGUCCUCCUAUAAACAACAGGUAGAGGCUGCAGGUAAAGCCAUCAAAUCCUACCAGGAGCAAGUUAAUGCUGUGGCAGCUGAGGUGUCUCAGACAAAGAAAUCUGUAGAGAAAUCACUGAAGGAGCUGGCGAAGCAAAAGGAAGUAAUUUUGUUACAGGAUAAAGCAAUUACAGACAAAUCUGCAGAGAUAAAAAAAUGCAGAGAACAAAAUAAUGAAUUACAGCUUAAGCUUAAAGCAUUAGAACACAGCAUCGGCAAACGUCAACAAGAGAGUGCUGAUGCUGCUACCAAGUUGACCAACAUGCUGAAAGAGUAUGAAUGGAUAGCUUCAGAGAAAGCACUUUUUGGGCAGCCAAACACGGCCUAUGAUUUCAAAGCUAAUAAUCCUAAAGAAGCAAGUCAGAAGCUGCAGAAGCUGCAGGAGAAAAAAGAGAAGCUGGGAAGGAAUGUGAACAUGGCAGCUAUGAAUAUGCUUUCUGAGGCAGAGGAAAGGUACAAUGACUUAAUGAAGAAAAAAAGAAUUGUAGAGAAUGACAAGUCAAAAAUUCUUGCAACUAUUGAAGAGCUUGACCAGAAGAAAACUCAAGCUUUACAUAUUGCUUGGAAAAAGUUCUUCAGUUGGGAGAAAUCACAAAUUACCAGUUAUAAAUCUGAGGUGAAUGAAGACUUUGGUUCCAUUUUCUCAACACUUCUGCCAGGAGCCAAGGCUACGCUCGUAGCCUGUAAAAAACAGAAUGUCUUGGAGGGUCUGGAGUUCAAAGUUGCCUUAGGAAACACCUGGAAGGAAAACUUAACAGAACUCAGUGGAGGACAAAGAUCAUUGGUGGCCUUGUCCUUGAUCUUGUCCAUGCUUCUCUUCAAACCUGCCCCAAUUUACAUCUUGGAUGAAGUGGAUGCAGCCCUUGAUCUCUCUCAUACCCAGAAUAUUGGGCAGAUGCUUCAUACUCAUUUCAGACGCUCCCAGUUUAUUGUGGUGUCCUUGAAGGAUGGAAUGUUUAACAACGCAAACGUCCUCUACAAGACCAAGUUUUUGGAUGGGGUAUCCACUGUUGCAAGAUACAAUCAGUUUCAAGGCAGAGAUAAUGCAUCUUCCCUUAAGAAAUACCAGAAAGGACGUAAUCGUAAUCGUGACAAAAAAAGAUGUGUAGAACUGGGAAACAUCCCCAAUGGUUACAAUGUUGCAAAUGCAGUAGCAGCUUCUUAACUGUUAUCUGUCCCCAGGCUACAGGUGGACCAGCAAGAAACUGCCUAAUUUUAACCUUUUUUUUUAAAGUAUUUUUAACCUUGAAAGGGUCUUUUAUGUUUUAGCUUUUAGUUCGUAUCCACACAUCAUUAAGAACUGAAAUUCACAAGAAGCUAUUAGCUAAACUGGCUGCAUUUGUUCCUGUUGGUGUCCCACAAGUAAUUUCCAUCAUUUACACAAAGAUGUGCAUGAACAGUGGCUCUGUAAGCUCAAGAGGAGGAAAUGAAGACUUUGAAUGAGGAAAAUCUGAUUUGACUUGCACAUUUACAGUGUUCAGAAAACCAGUUGCAAAAGUGUAAACGCCAUCUUUGUCUCUUGUUGAAUACCACAGAAACGUGGCAUACCAAUUUUUAAGCUACUAUUAAUUGCUUUUUAAGGACAAAGCUAGUAAUCAACAAUUUUAGCUCCCAAGUUUUGUAAUUUGCUGCACUAACGUUUUUAGCAAUAAAUAUAUCAAACAACAACCUGAAUGUCUACCUGCUUGCCUGCCUCGCUGUUUUUCAUUGAAUAGUGCCUACUUAGAAUUAAACACUUUCUCAAUUUUGAGCUUCCUGAUGUAUUUCUCAAAGUUUUACUAUUUAAUUCUGUACUCUAAACAGUAGAGGUAAGAGAAAAUAUAAAUAUUUUUAGGCAUGGUCAUAAUCAAAUUCAGACAAACUCAAACAUAGAAUCCUAGAAGGGUUUGGGGUGGAAGGGACCUUAAAGACCAUCUAGUUCC